GGGGGCCGCAGAAUGAGAGGGGCCGCUGUUGUUGUAGACACGUGAAGGGGGUGGGGAGGAGGCAAGUAAGCAACCAGUCGGGGCAGAGUCGCUCCAGAGGAAAAUAUUCAUCCCCACUUAACAUGUCAAUCAGGAUUAAUGGCCUUUCCAAACCUCCCCUCCAGUUCACGCAGGUCCUCUCGGCAGCAGAAGGGAAGCAGGGAAGAGGCGCUAACAUAUAAAAGGCAGGACAGGACCGAGACGCCUGCAGGAGCGCAACACUCACAGGCGCACAGCAGCUCCAAGAGCGCAGCAGCUCCAGAGCGCAACGCGGAGCGCCGUCGGAUUCGGGUUUCUGCCUCCUGGCCGCUUGGGGCUUUGACAGCUCCCGUGAUUUAUUCUGAGAGCCUGACGCGACUCCGAUAAGAUGCCAUAAUUGUUUUUGCUACUUUGCAUCCGUGGAAUCCCGCCUGUAGAACUUUCUGAGUCUGUGGAUGACAGUGACUGCAGAGCCGCUGCGUUCUAACCCGAAGAGUCCCAGGAUGGAGCUGAGGAGCGCGUGGCGCGUGCUUCUCUUCCCGAUUCAAAUGCUGUACCACAUCCUGAAGGCGAGUCUCUGCUCGCUCCUGCCGAGGAGAAAGAAGGACUUGAGCAAAGAGGUGGUGCUGAUCACGGGUGGAGGUCGGGGCAUCGGUCGACACCUGGCCAAGGAGUUUGCCAAGCAGGGAGCCAAAAAGGUGAUCUUGUGGGGCAGAACCGAGAAGACUCUGAAAGAGACAGCGGAGGAGAUCUCCCUCUCCGGAACAGAGUGCCAUUACUUCAAAUGUGAUGUGGCCAACAAAGAAGAAGUUUACAAGCAAGCCAAGUUGGUGCGAGAAAAGGUGGGGGACGUCUCGAUAUUGGUGAACAACGCGGCUGUCGUCCACGGCAAAAGUCUGAUGAACAGUGACGACAACGCCCUGCUGAAAACCCAGCAUGUCAACACUCUGGGACAGUUCUGGACAACAAAAGCCUUCCUCCCCCGAAUGCUGGAGCUGCAGCACGGACACGUCGUCUGCAUUAACUCCAUCCUGUCUCAGUCUCCCAUCCCGGGGGUCAUCGACUACUGCACCUCCAAGGCGUCGUCACUGGCCUUCAUGGAGAGCCUGACGCUGGGCCUCCUGGACUGUCCGGGCGUCAGCUGCACCACGGUGCUUCCCUUCCACACCAACACGGAGAUGUUCCAGGGCAUGAGGAUCAGGUUUCCUCAGCUUUUUCCUCCUCUCAAACCUGAAGUAGUUGCUCAAAAGACAGUUGAUGGCGUCCGAACUGACCAGGCCUUCAUUUACCUGCCCUGGACAAUGCAUGCCCUCGUCAUUCUCAAAAGCUUCAUGCCACAAGUUGCUCUUGAAGAAAUCCAGAAGUUUACAGGGAGUUAUACCUGCAUGAACACAUUCAAAGGGAGGACAUGAACCUGGAUCGCUUGCAAUACGAGAAAACUUCGGAGGGUAACGAAAGGAAAAAGGACCUCAAGGAAGUGGGAGAAUUUACCCAUAAGGCAACACUCUGGGGACAUGCUGGCCUGUUGCAUCUGCAGAUAACGCAUCCUGAACUUGUGUGCACAUGCAAGCACACGUGUUUUGUGUAGUAUAGAUGCCAGAAUGCAAGACUCACUUUGAACUGAAGCCAUGCAUAGGUCUGUAACAGUAGUUAUGUUGGAGGGCUUUUGUGACACCUGUUUGCUAUUUUUACAGUUCCUUUUUAUUCUCUUUUUAAUGUGUCUUAUCAAAACAAUAAAGUAUAAUUUUAGAAUA